AUGGCGGGUCCGUUGGUCGCCUCGCGCUCCGCCGCGCAGAGCGACGCAAAAGAAGAAAGACGAAGCACAGCCGUGUCUCCCUACUCCUCCGCUGCGACGGUUCGCAUCGUCCAUUUCGUGUCCCCCGGUCUGCAGUCACCCGUAGCCCUCCAUGGAUCGAAUCACUUUUCUGGAGACUGCACGUCUCCCGCGUCAUCUGUCUCUUCGUCGUCGUGUUCUCUGUCACAAUCGGAAUCUCUGCUUCUCUCUGUGGGCGAUUUCAACAUCCUGGUGGACUGUCCGCUCGAUUUCCAGUCUCUCCUUCUUCUCCCUCCCCAGUAUUUCCCUCGGCAGGGAGUGGGCCUUGCCGGAGAACAGGACAGUCGACCGGAAACUCAAGGUUGUGAUUCUGAUCUCAAGGCUCCAAAGGGCUGUUCUUCCUCGUCUUCUCUGCCUGCCUCUUCUCGCCUUUCCGUAGCCUCAGCCUUUUUCUCUUCAGCCUGUUCUCCUCGGGGACAUCGGCCACUGGGUGUCCCGGGACCGUUGUCGGGCGUCGCGCCUUGUUCUUCCUCCCUCCCUCUCGUUGACGCUUCCCUGCAUGCGCCUUGCGCCCUUUCGCCUUUUCUGCGGGCGCUCCUGCCUCUUCGCCUCGACGCCAUUCUCCUCACGCAUCCCCACGGCGCCCUCGGCCUUCCGCUCCUCGCCGAGUUCCUCGAUCUGAGCGAAACGCCCGUCCUCGGGACUCCGCCUGUUCUCCUCGCCGCUUCUUCCUCAAUUCGCUUCCUCCAGUCCUCGCUCGGCGGCGAACUGCUGCCUGCUCAGGCGCCGGCCGACCGAGGCCCAGGGCCCGCAGCCACCCCGCGCGGGCCAGAGACAGGCGGCAGGGGGAGAAACCGACAGAGACAGGGGUCGGAAGCCGACGCUACGACGACCCGUCCGCACGCGAGGUCAGCGGUGGAAGCCGACGAAGAGAACUGGGGAUCUCUGCCGCCGGUCGUGCAAGACGAAGAAGCGUGCGUCGAGGCGGACGGAAAUGAAGAGGACGAGGAGAGACCGGACACAGGCAGUUCUUUGCCUGCCUUCGCUUCGAAGCAGCGAGGCGAGGGGACAAACUCGCAGUUUCUCGCGGGCGUGUCCCGCCAUAUUUGGCCCACCAUGUUCAACCAAGAACGCCUGCUGCAUGCAGCUAGCCUACACCAGAUGUGUGUCUCCCCCGUUAGCAGCGGGUUCUGUCUCGGCGGAGCGAACUGGGUUUUGUCGACUCCUGCGAAUCAAAAGAUUGUCGUCGUGGGGCCUUCCUCGUGCGAACUUGAAGCCAAUCGCGGGGCGAAGAGUGGAAGUGUCUCGCCCCAAGACAGGACGCUUCCCGACGAGGAAGCCUCGUGUGCUCCCUCGAACCGGAACGACGAUCAGGACGCCUUGCGUGUCUCCACUCUCGCUUCCUCUUCGUCUUCCUCUUUCUCUUCUGUCUCUUCGCGGUACCCUCUUGCUGCAGACUGGAGACCCCUCUCUGGCGCUGCGUUGGUCGUCUUCUUUUGCUGUGUGCCUCGAGCCGCGGGGGGACACGCGGAGCCGUCUGCUCGCUGUGAGUCCGAGAAGAAAUCUUUUUCGGCUCGUGGCGAGCAUCCGCCAGACUCGCGUGCGCCUGGCGCCUCCGCUCCCGUCUCUCGAGGGUGUCCAGGAGACACCCUGCAGCCGGCCCCCAGGGCUGCUUCCCUGUUCGAAGAGGCUUUCCCCACUCCUCAGAAGACCUCGCUCCAGGAGUCGUCCCUGUUCUCUCGGCCUCUCCUGCCUCCGGCCCCGCCGUCUCCUCUUCGCUCGCUUUCUUCCUCCCUCGACGAGUUGAAGCGCCUCAUCAGCGACACGGUCCACGUUCGCCGGGGCAACGUCCUCGUUCCGCUGGAUCUCUGCGGGCUGUCGUUUCUGGAAAUCCUCGAAACCGUCGCCAGCGCGUCUUCGCACGUGUCGUCUCUCGCCGCUUCCCGCUCGUCGCUCGUGCCCGCCGUGCCCGUCUACUGCGUGGGACCUGGCCUCCCCGCGCUUCUCCAGUUUGCAGUGGAAGGCGCGGAGUGGGUGGCGGAGCGGCGCGCGGCGCGAACGCGGGACAUGCACAGCCCCAGGCCGCCGUUCUUCUUGAGUGCAUGCGAAGACGAGGAACUGCUGCUCUCGGGGCAGCUCUUUCUCCAGCAAAGCGCGGUCGGCAGUCGCACGCGGAAUCUGAGUGUUGGCGAGAAGCUGGUCGACGUCAUGCCGCUGCGGGAGCCUAGCAUUCUUCUUCUCUCCCACGCCUCGCUCCGAAUCGGCGAAGCCUGUCUGCUCUUGGAAAAGUGGAAACACGAGGAACGGCACCUUCUCAUCUCCGUCGACCGACGCUUCGCGGCGUCCACGCCCGUCCGCCUUCCCGCGGGAGAGGAGCACCGCGCAAAUCCUCCUUGCGCUUCUUCUCAAGGCUCGGCCUCCUCCGCUGGCUCGUACGAGGCGCUAGGUGCGCUGCUCUGGCCCUUUCUCGCGCCUCCAGAGGCCGCCGGGAAAUGCGCGAGCGGCCAGGGCGGUGGCCGGCGCAGUGACGAAGAGGGGAAGCGAGAGAACGCGCCGAGGAAAGAGACGAGAGAGGGACCCGAGUCCACAUCGGACACGGCCUCGUCUCUGAACCCUUCUGACAGUUCCUCUUCGGGUCUGAGAUCGAUGCCUCGACGCCCGGAAAGCACGUGUAUCCCGUUUGCGCCCUCGCGCGGCUUCCGCAUGCGCGUCGCGUCUCUGCCUCUUGACCCGCGUUUAGACGAAACCAAAAUCGCCAAACUGCUCUCGCAUUUUCAGCCUCGUUCCGCUCUUCUCCCCGCGGCUGUCUACGCCUCUGUCAACUCUCAAAUGUGUGCUCUUCACGCACUUGGACACCUGAGGCCGCAGGGUCGCCGCUCCGUCCCCGGAGGUCCGCCCUCAGUCCCCGACGCUUCUUCUCUGCCUCCUUCUGCCGCCUUCACGACUGAGCUGGCGAGUUUCGAGGCGCACCGGAGCAAAGAAAUCGUCCUCGAGCGCGUUUUCUCGCCCGGUGACGCCGCGGCCGUCGCGCGCGCCUUCUCGCUGGUGCUGCUCGACGCCGAAGGCGCCGAGGCCGACGCGCGAGAGGGCGAGACAAACGACCCUGAACCCGCAGAAGCCGGAUCUGGAGGCGCCUUCCCCAGGUGUUUUCUGACUCCUGUGCCGGCGGGAAGAGCGGGAGCGGGUCUAGGCUUUCAUUUUAAGGACACGGAGUCAGACGCGAGAGGAGACUUUCCUAGUCAAACGGGAAACCUCGCCGGAGAUGAAGACGGUUUAGCCGCGCAAGACACAUGCGACACACGGCUGUCGGUAGGCUGGAUUGCACCCGGGGGUCUCCUGCGCGGAAGUGGAGAAGCUGCCGCAGAUCGAGGACUUCUCACGCUGAUUCUGCCCCCGUCGCCAGGAGCUGGGAACGCUGCUGACUCGGGCGCGGCCGCACGAGACGGCGAGAAGGCCAGCAGCGGCCAAGGCGUCCACGCCACGCCUGCCAAAGAACCCCCGGUGUUUGGAAGUCUCUUUUUCGGCACCUUCGCUCCUGAGCAACUUCUCUUUGUUCUCCGAGAUCGAGGUUUCCACGACGCCGCGCUUCACUUCCGCGAACCGCACGACGGCGACCACCUGUUUGGAGAAGCCGGCGCCGGGGGUUUGGCCCAAGAGAGAAGGGAAGACGCAUCUGCAGACGCGGAAAAUCGCAAAGCGGAGUUCCCGAGCGAGGCGGAGCUGCCAGCCCGCGACGGCUCCAGACUGCCCGUGCUCACGAUUCCCUCCCUGAAGAGUCGCAUUGUGUGUCAGGAAGCAAAUUUGACAGAGAUCGAGGCCCCAGACGCGGCGACCAGGCGCUUUCUCCGAGGGUUGAUAGGACAAAUCCUCGUGGAGCUCCAGGCGCCGCACGUGUGA